CAAACGCCGUCAUUUCCUCUUUCGAUUUCAAAUCUCACCGAGCCUGAGGUUCGGACAAACGAACCUCAAUGUUUGCGACACUUAUAAAAUCCAUACUGAGAUUCGCACUCUCCAACCCUACUCUCACACUCACUGCAACAACUGUAACCAAAGAGAGAAGGGACUUUCUUCCAUUCCGUGCUACGAAAUCGACGCAUUAGGGUUAGAGUUCUUUCGAUUUGAAAAUUUCUCGGCUUUAUGGCGGAGGAACCGGAAAGCACCGUCACCACUGGCGCCGCCGCCGACCAAUCGUUGCUGGAUAAGAUAAGCGAGAAGCUUCACGGUCACGAUUCCUCGUCCUCUUCCGAUUCGGAUUCCGAAAAAACCGUCACUUCGUCCGUUAAGGAUAAGGUUUUCCGCCUCUUCGGUAGGCAGAGGCCCGUUCAUUCCGUGUUGGGCGCCGGAAAACCUGCUGACUUGUUAUUGUGGAGGAACAAGAAGAUAUCUGCUAGCGUGCUUGGCGGAGCCACUGCUGUUUGGGUCCUGUUUGAGUUGCUUGAGUAUCACUUUCUUACUCUGGUGUGUCACAUUUUGAUACUGGUGCUCGCAGUUCUGUUCUUGUGGUCCAAUGCCCACACUUUUAUUCACAAAUCACCACCUCGCAUUCCAGAAGUUCAUCUUCCCGAGGAGCCAUUCCUGCAAGUGGCAUCCGCGUUGAGGAUUGAAAUCAACAGGGGAUUCGCUGUUUUGCAUAGUAUUGGUUCUGGAAGAGAUUUGAAGAAAUUCCUAAUGGUUAUUGCUGGCGUUUGGAUUCUAUCAAUUGUGGGGAACUGGUGCAACUUCUUGACCCUCUUCUACAUAACUUUUAUCUUGUUGCACACGGCUCCUGUGCUAUAUGAUAAGUACGAGGAUAAGAUAGAUCCACUUGCAGAGAAGGCAGUCAUUGAGAUUAAAAAGCAAUAUGCUGUGUUUGAUGCUAAGGUCUUGAGUAAGAUCCCAGUGGGUUCUUUAAAAGCUAAGUUAUCUUAGUGAGUUAAUCUUUGUAACAUCACAAAGAAAGAGCUCCACUUAUUUGGUCAAGGAAGUUGCCAGGGCCAGUUUCUUUUAUCAAAUGUCAGUCUUUGAUGUUUUCUGGGUUGGUUUUUGGCUGGUAUGGUGUCAAUGGCAAUGGGUCUGAUUUAUCUUAAAAAAUAGUAAUUCUCAGUAGUUUCUAACUGUGCAAGCUCAUGUGGAUUUUACUGGGGUUUUGUUGUUUAAGGUUUGUAUGAGUUGUUCAAUAAAAUAAUUUGUACUGUAAGAUAAAAUGUAUGACUUGUGCAUGCUCUCCUUUUUACUUUUUA